AUGUUUCGUAAGAAGAAAAAGAAGAGGCCAGAGAUCUCAGCACCAAAGAACUUUGAGCACCGGGUGCACACCUCUUUUGACGCUAAACGAGGCUGCUUCGUGGGCCUGCCAACCCAAUGGCACAGUUUGAUAGAGAACCUCCGCAGGCCCAAGCCUAUGGUGGACCCCUCCCGGAUCACCCCAGUUGAGCUCAAUCCAAAGAAGACCAUUGUGCGUGGGAGUAUGAUCGGCCAUGGAGACUACAUCUCAGCCAUGAUCUCCGACAUGAGCAGGCUGUCCGUGACCAGCUCCAACUCCCUAAGGAAGAGCAGCCCUUCAGGCAGGAAGAGGGCCCAGUCCCUUGGCAGGCUGGGGGAGGUGAAGGAGGGGGACACCUACCAGUAUGAAGACCUGGGAGAGGAUGACAUAGAGCAGCAGCAGUGGAGGGACAGGGCUCAUAACAUCCACAGUGAGAGUGGGAUGCCCCAAAUGGGCAUGAAGAAGAGCAUCACCCUGCAGCCCAACGGGGAUCUUCCCAGGGCUAAGUCCACCUACGAGGUGAGUGUCAGCUCUCUGGAGGGACCCCCGGUUCCAUCCCAGCCCAUACAGGUGCCUAUUAAGGGGGCUUAUAUUAGCUGUGAGGUGGGCAGUCCCACAGAGAGACUGAUGGUGAGGAGAGACUUCCAGGUGCCAAGGGUUAUGCCACACAACCAGAGGCCCUUCUCAUGCUUCUACAACCCAGCCAUGGCUGUCCAGCAGCCCCAUCCUGAUCAUGGGCGUCACCCCCCUCCGGAGUACCGCACCAACCUCUACAUCCACUCCCACAACAGCCCUAGCAGACCAUACUCCUCCUACGACCUGAAGGCAGAGUCAGCUCUGAGGCACCACCAGUCAGGCUUCCUACCCAGCACCCCCAGCAGUCCCUUCAUGAGUGGCAUCAGACCCCACAGGACGGUGCGCUCCUCAGCCAGCUACACCCUGGGACUGUCUCCCAACAUGGGCCUGAGACUCAAUGGCCCUGACCCCUUUUUGAGACACUCAGGCUGCCCUAAUGCUCCCUUCCCCAGGCAGGACAGCCCCUCUCAGCCUCGGCCCUCCCCCACCGGCUCCCUGGCCACCAGCCCCCCAGGCACAUGCUCCCCUGCUUUCAGACCCCCUCAGCACCCCCAGAGGCCGCCACCAGACCCCCCCAAGGUGACCCAUGAACAGUUUAAGGCUGCCCUGCAGAUGGUGGUAGACAAGGGGGACCCUCGGUCGUACCUGGAGAACUUUGUGAAGAUUGGCGAAGGUUCGACGGGGGUGGUGUGUAUUGCUCGGGAGAAACACAGCGGCAGGCAGGUGGCCGUGAAGAUGAUGGACCUGCGGAGACAACAGCGAAGAGAGCUGCUUUUCAAUGAGGUGGUGAUCAUGAGGGACUACCAGCACAGGAACGUGGUGGAGAUGUUUAAGAGUGCCCUGGUGGAGGAGGAGCUCUGGGUCAUCAUGGAGUACAUAGAGGGUGGAGCACUAACCAACAUCGUGUCUGAGACCAGGCUGAGUGAGGAGCAGAUAGCCACAGUGUGUGAGGCUGUGCUGCAAGCCCUGGCCUACCUUCACUCCCAGGGAGUCAUCCACAGGGACAUCAAGAGUGACUCCAUACUGCUAACAAUGGAUGGGAGGAUCAAGCUGUCAGACUUUGGGUUCUGUGCACAGAUCAGUAAGGACAUUCCCAAGAGGAAGUCUUUAGUAGGAACACCAUACUGGAUGGCUCCAGAGGUCAUUUCUAAAUCUCCAUACAGCACUGAGGUGGAUGUGUGGUCUCUGGGCAUCAUGGUAGUUGAGAUGGUGGAUGGAGAGCCCCCCUACUUCAGUGAGACCCCCAUUGCAGCCAUGAGAAGACUGAGGGAUGAGCCAGCUCCCACCGUACGGAACACAACCCAGGUAUCCCCGGUGUUGAAAGACUUCCUGAACCGUAUGUUGACCCGGGACCCAGUGGAGAGGGCCAGCGCCACAGACCUGCUAGAACACCCCUUCCUCCUGCAGAGCGGCUCCCCGCAGUGCCUGGUGCCCCUGGUGGAGCAGUACCGCAAGCGCAUGUCUCACUGCUGA